CUCUCUCUCUCCUACGUGACACUCCCAACUUCAUUGAAACCUAAAAAUUCCCAUCAAAAGCAUUUCCUUCUCUAAGCAUUCCUUCCUAAUUUGGAGAUGGGGAGAAACAUGAAAGAAGGCAGCGAUUUGUCCUUGGACAAAUGCAUGGAAAAGAGACUCGGAGAGUUGUCCGUCGGUCCUUCUGAGAAAAAGCCAUGCACAAUCUAUCGAGUCCCGUCCCACCUCCGCAAGGACGAUGAGAGCUCCUACCAGCCGAAGAUCAUCUCCAUUGGUCCUUACCACCACUGCGAUAAUGGCCUACAGGCCAUGGAAGAGCACAAGUGGCAGUUCCUCUCCGAAUUCCUCGAAAGGAACCGCAGAGUCCCGCUCAAGCAUUAUCUCGACAAGGUCCGAGAAAAGGAGAUGGAAGCAAGGAGCCACUACUCAGAAAAAUUAGUACAGCUCAGCAGUGAUGAUUUCGUCCAGAUGAUGGUCCUCGAUGGUUGCUUCAUCAUCGAACUCUUUCUCCAGCGAUACCAAGCAAAGGACGAUCUGAUAUGCGGCACGAGGUGGAUGUUGCCCUUGAUAACCAACGACAUGCUCCUGCUCGAGAACCAGCUUCCUUUCUUCAUCCUCGAGGAGUUGUUCAAGCUGGCAGAUCUUACUUUUCGUGAUGGAGAGAACCUGCAGAUUACCAUUAAUUCUCUCGCCAUCCAUUUCUUCAGCCAUCUCCUUGUGGGGGAUGACAAAUCCCUUCCAGGGAAACAGGAACCCUUCCAUUUGCUCCAUUUGCUCCAUUUAUUUCACAUCCGGCGUCUCAAGGAUUCUCCUGAUGGCUCUCAGGCAACAGAUAGCAAUAAAAUGCAGCACAACUCAUCACAAACGCCCCCGCAGCAGCCACUGACAAAUUCAAGCCAUUCAGAUAUAGAAGCCCAACCCCCAGAAACUGAAUCCAAGAAGACAGGACGUUCUGGGAAUCGCAAGUGGGAGAGAGUAGCUAUUCUUCUCCGAACAAUAAUGGGGCUUCCAAGGAAGUCUUCGCCUCCCCAUAAAUCGAUCCGUAGUGCUACGGAGCUCCAUGAGGCUGGCGUCAAGUUCAGGGUGAAGAAGGAUGCGAACAGCUGCUUGGAAGUGAAGUUCGGUGACGGGGUAAUGGAAAUUCCAUAUUUGCUAAUCAAGGACAACACCAACUCCCUUUUCAGGAAUUUCAUUGCCUUUGAGCAAUGCCAUCCAGACUCCAAUUGCCACUUCACAAGCUACGCCUUCUUCAUGGACUGCAUCGUGAACACACCAGCCGACGUGGCACUUCUCUGCCAGAACAAGAUCCUCGAACACUGGCUCGGUAGUCAUGAUGCCGUGGCCCUCCUCUUCAACAAGCUAUGCUCCGGCGUCACUAGUUGUUUCAGUGACAGGGUAACGGACACCCAGACCCACCGUUACUUCCACGAUCUGUUCAAGGAGGUGACGAAAUACUGCAACACCACUUGGCACACAUGGAGGGCGCGGUUGAUGCAUGAUUACUUCAGCAGUCCGUGGGCGAUAAUUUCCGUAGUGGCAGCCAUCACCCUACUCCUACUCACCGUUGCUCAGACCUUUUUCUCUGCCAUCGCCUAUGUAAAGCCUCCGGCCUGAGUACCUAUCAUAAUGCUAGUUUGUUACACGGUAGAUGACA